AUGGUACCUACUACCCCUCUACCACGCCUCUACGAAGUGCGUGUGGACCAUGACGACGCCAUACGUCCGGAAGAGAUCGCGGACGCCAUGAACAAGCUUUUGGACCACACAAAGAUCACAUCUCUCCACGAAGACGAGUGCAUCAGCGCUUGGGACCCUUUGAUUAUGCGAAAAAUCGCCUAUCUGGAGCUGCGGGAGCGAGGUCGGCUCGCGAGAGUCCAGGAUCUGCGAGACCGACUCGGAGACCUGUAUGGGACUGGCACUGCAGGACAAACUAUGGACUGA